UGCAGUUUUGUCAGAAUAAGAGAAAUGUCCCCUCUAGCUCUCCGUACCUUACGAAAGCGAAGGUUAAUUAGCUUGUGUGCUAACUUUGCAAGCUGGCUUGACGACAUUGAGGACAACUGCGACAACCUGCGCUUGCUGUCGCUUUUUAAAACAAAAGGAUCCUCAUCAUGGUGUCUGGAAAGCGCCUGGCUGACAUCGGCUAUCGGGCCUUUUCUGCCUCGAUGAUGCUGCUGACAGCAUACGGAGGCUACCUGUGCGCGAUGCGAGGAUACCGCUACAUGCAGAAGCAAAAACAGCUGAAAUUGGCAGCAGAAAACCAGGAUCCUGAAGUCAUCAAAGACUGAAGUCAGAUGGACUGCUGCUCUUUUUGCACAGAUGUGGACAUUUCUCAUUCUUUCUUUUUUAUUUUGUCCAUCGCUAAAUCAUGAAGAUAUUUAUUCUUCUCAGGAUGUUUGUGUGAUUUUCAUUGUGAUGGUAUUGUGCCUUCACAAGGAAGAUGUUUUGUUUAUAAAAACUUCAGAGCUAAUUAACCAAGAACAUAUUUGCAUCAAUGGCCUGAGUAAAAUCCAUGUUGUGAGUGGCACUGUUUCAGGAGUGAAGAUGGCUGUAAUUGUUUGUAUUAAAUGAAAUGCCUUUAACCACA